AUGGAGAAAUUUGUGAAACAAGAAAUUGCAGUUCAUAUGUUUGUGAAAAUGCCUGUGAAAACCGAAAAUGGAAAUGGAAUGAAGAAUUUGAACGUUGCAAUAGAUGCCGACAUAGAAUUUUCAAAUAAUGAGUGUGAUGAGGUAGAAAUUGAUAAGGAGAUUGGAGGUGAUGAAACAAUUGAAGAACCUACGGUUGGAAUGCAAUUUUCAUCUGUAGAAGAAGUGCAUGCUUAUUAUAUGAAGUAUGGUAAGAAGAAAAGGUUUGGGGUAUCCAAAAGGAAUAUUAGACAGCAUGACGAUGGGACAGUGAUAUUGGAUUACACCCACGCCUGUAGUCCGGAGAAUGCAAGACAUUUCAGAUGCUUUAAGAAGGUUGAUGCUCGUGUCUCUAAGAUGCUUGAAAUAAAUGACGAGGCAUGUAUAACGUUGUCCAAAAAUUUUAAGUCUGUGGUUGUUGAGGCGGGGGGUUAUGAGAAUGUAACAUUCGGGGAGAAGGAGUGUCGAAACUACAUUGACAAAGCACGACGACUUCGCCUCGGGGUUGGAAGUGGUGUAGCUCUAUGUAACUAUUUCGAAGAUAUGCAAAAAAGAAAUCCGGAGUUUUAUUAUAAGAUUGAUGUUGACAAUGAGAUGUGGUUAAAGAAUGUGUUUUGGGCAGAUGCCCAGAGUAGAGUUGUGUAUGAAUCAUUCGGGGAUGUAAUUACAUUUGAUACAACAUAUUUCACUAAUGCGUAUAAAAUGCCUUUUGCACCGUUUGUGGGUGUGAACCACCAUGGGCAGUCAAUCCUACUCGGUUGCGGAUUGAUAUCCAAUGAGGACGCAAAUACAUUUGAGUGGUUGUUUCAGUCAUGGUUGCAGUGUAUGAAUAACCAACCGCAAAAUGCAAUCAUCACAGACCAAGACAAGGCCAUGAAAAUUGCAAUAUCGAGGGUGUUUCCAACUUCUAUGCAUCGAUUUUGCUUGUGGCAUAUAAUUUCAGUUAGCAUGAGUUUGAUGAACAUUGGUGCCUAUGAUUCGGCCCUUAGGAGGAAGGUAGAGAAUGAAGCAAUUGCUAACUUCAAUUCCUUUAACACGGACAUUCCUUGCAUCAGUCGUUAUCCUCUUGAGAAGCAAUUUCAAAGUGCAUAUACUCUUGCUAAAUUCAAAGAGGUACAGGAGGAAUUGCGAGGAUUUCUAUAUUUGACUACUAAGGAGAUAGGGUGUGAGGAUGAUAGAUAUAUGUUCGUUGUUGUGAAUGAGGUCCAAGCUGAGAGCAGUUGUGUUAAAUUGAUUAGUCAGAUAGAACAGUUGAAGACACAGUACCCUGGUAUCGCUAAUCAUGAUACUAGCAACACAGUUGAUACAACUCAUUCAACGGAGGCUUCAACCCUAGAGUUCUUAGUCCUUUGGUAG